UAUUUUUUCAGCACAAGCUUCCAGUACUGUCAACUUACAAAAGGUUCAUCCCUAACCACACAUAACUGAAUGAAAUGGACAAAGAAAGACAGUUGGCUCUUUGUGCACCAAGUAUCCUCGUCUUUUGGGAUCUCCCACCACGUCUUCCCUCCAACAAAAAUCUCAAUCUGCUUGGAAUAAUGAUAGGACCAACUUUUUCAAAAACUUCUCAAAGAACUGAUGAGUUUAUUGAUUGGUUGGGGAAACAGAUCAAUCACAUAAGAAGGUGGAGCUUAAACAACCUCCAAGUGAAACAUUCCCUACAUCUUUCAGUGUUCAGGAAAAUCAAAAACCAUCAGUGCAGGAAUAUGGAAAAGGACCUGAGAAGAUUUCUGCAGCCCAGUCUCUUUCUUAUGCUGUACUUGUCACAUGCGAAGUCCAUCCAAACAGUUAAUCUGGUGGAUUUCUGUGGACAGACCAUCAGGGCUGAUGGAAUCAUUGUCAACUCACACCAAGAAUCUCAGAAGUACUAUUUUGUCACAGUCGGGACUGAUUGUAGAUUUACGAUGCAAGCCAUUUCACCAAAGGACAAAGUUCAUUUCCAGUUUAGAUACUUCUUGGUAUAUAGCCUGCUGAGAGAGUCUUCUAUCCUUCAGCCCCUGACCUUGCCUCCUCUACUGCAGCGCAAUGUGACAGGACCUCUGUCCCUUCUAAACACCAGUAGGUCUGGGACAGGAGCUGCUUUGCCACUCAGAGGAGAGGAGAUCACUGACACAUGCAAUGCUGGAUCAUUCGUGCAAUUCUAUGAUGGUAAGGAUAGAACUUCUUCACCAAUUGGCUCUCUUUUAUGUGGAAAGAACAUCCCUGAGCCAAUUUUAUCAACUGGCGACUACCUAACUCUGAGACUGGUCACCAGAGGUCAACAGCCCAGGGUGGACUUUGUUGGACAUUUCACAUCUUACAGGCCUGAUGAUACCUCCAUCUUGCCAGCUGUCAAUGAAACCAGUACUAAGACCAUGGAGCACAACUCUCCGUCACCUUCUACCAAUUUCAGUACUUUUUGCCAGACACAAAGAAGACACCAUCAUCUUCCUUCAAACAAUAUUCCUUAUCUUGACUCUGCUGCAGACAACAAAUCACAUGUUUCGCUCCUCACUCUCUACAUCAUCCUUGGAGUCAUUGCAGGGGUCGCGCUACUGUUGUGGUGUUGCUGGUCACCAGGCCGGUUAGUUUGGAGGCUCAGUUUCUGCAGAUUUCUGCCAUGCUGUAUCUGCGCUGCCUGCCAACUCUGCACGCACAGCUGCUGUCGGAUGGACAAGAGCCGACUGACCAAGGUCACUCCACAGAGUACAGUCCCCAUACCUGUGUGAUAUCUAUUGACAAAGUUCCUCCCCUUUCCCCCUAAAUGUAUGUCAUUAAUAGCCUGACCAGAGUUUGGUACUGCUGCAGCCUGAUAUUGCUAAGUUCCCAGGGGUACAGAUUGGUUGUAACA